AUGUCAACUAAGCUGCGUUCGGCCAAGUGGAUUCAAAAGAACGGAUUCGCUCCACAAGUUUUUCUUUUUCGAAACAUUGAAACCAACCAGGUGUUAUACUCUCAACUUCCUCAUAUCUCCAACUACCAAAUCAAGCAACAAUUCUGGAGACCCAACUGGCAAGACCGUAAACCACAGAAGAGACGUGACAUUUGGAGAUGUAUGGCCGUAGCAGAUUUUCACAAUUAUGACAAUGCUCUCAAGGCUUACCAUGCUUUGGUAGAACUUAGAUAUCUUAGACAAGUUACUAAGAAAGAGGAGGCAAUGGCCAUGAGAAGAAGGAACAAAGAUGGUAAUAUCUGGUUCAGCGCCCAAUUUAGACCCGUACAUUCACAAGAAGCUGUUGCCGAUCUCUCCACAGUGAUAGAUGAGUUUAACAUGCCCUCAAAGAUAUAUUGGGAAAGUUUGUGGAGACGAGGUGAUGAAAAGUAUUGGAAUAAAGAUCUGACAACCCAUGAAGAGAUGGAUUUGAGAGAUCCUAGGUUCCGUACUGUUGUCCUAAACGAUAUAAAGGAGAAGUCGAAGGCAGAGAUUGGCCUGAACCAAGCACGAGCGGCAACAUCAAAGCUACAAUAG